CUCGCCCCGGGGGAGCCUCGGCGAAGACGCCGGCCGCCCUCUCUGCGGCUCCUGGGCCCGAGGAGGUGCACAAGACCCGGGUGCUUGGGAGGCUGCGAGCAGGGAGGACCGUGGCUCCUGUUCUAGCGACGACGGCGGCGGCAGGGGCUCGUGGGUGACAGCCAGCGAGGACCGCCGGAGCAGCAGGGGCCUGGGGUCCACUCCUCCCCACAGUCCGAGGCCCAGGGCUCGCACCAUGCCUGGAGUGGCCAAUCCCACGUCCUCAAAGGAGACAGCUGGCUCGGAUUCCAGGAAAAAGGUGCAUUUUGGUAGCAUACGUGAUGCAGUGCAGGCUGGCGAUGUCAAGCAGCUGUCAGACAUAGUGGUGCGGGGAGCCAGCAUUAAUGAAGUGGAUGUUCUCCAUAAAUUUUCCCCUUUACAUUGGGCAGCACACUCUGGAAGUCUGGAGUGUCUUCACUGGCUUCUCUGGCAUGGUGCUGAUAUCACACAAAGGACUGUGAGAGGUUGGACAGCUGCUCACAUAGCUGCAAUCAGAGGUCAGGAUGCUUGUAUGCAGGCUUUGAUAAUCAAUGGAGCCAAUCUGGCAGCUCAAGAUGACCGUGGAUGCACUCCUGUACACCUUGCUGCCACUCAUGGACAUUCCUUCACUUUACAAACAAUGUUGCGAAGUGGAGUGGAUCCCAGUUUGACCGAUAAGAGAGAAUGGAAACCUGUACAUUAUGCAGCAUUUCAUGGGCGGCUGGGGUGCUUACAGCUUCUUGUCAAAUGGGGAUGUGGCAUAGAAGAUGUGGACCACAAUGGAAACCUUCCAGUUCAUUUAGCAGCCAUGGAAGGCCACCUUCACUGUUUUAAAUUCCUACUUAGUAGAAUGAGCAGUGGAACACAAGCUUUGAAAGCCUUCAAUGAUAAUGGAGAAAAUGUACUGGACCUGGCCCAGCGGUUCUUGAAAGAGAACAUUUUACAGUUUAUCCAGGGGGUUGAGUAUGAGGGAAGCAAUCUUGAAGAUCAGGAAACUUUAGCAUUUCCAGGUCAUGUGGCUGCCUUUAAGGGUGAUUUGGAAAUGCUCAAGAAGUUGGUAGGAGAUGGAGUAAUCAAUUUUAAUGAGCGCGAUGAUAACGGAUCAACGCCUAUGCAUAAAGCUGCUGGACAAGGUCACAUAGAAUGUCUGCAGUGGUUAAUUGAAGUGGGAGCAGACAGUAAUAUUACCAACAAAGCAGGAGAGAGACCCAGUGAUGUGGCCAAGAGAUUUGCCCAUCUGGCGGCAGUGAAGCUUCUGGCAGGGCUGCAGAAAUAUGAUAUUGAUGAUGAAAAUGAAAUUGAUGACAGUGACAUGAAGUUUUUCAUAAGGCAUGGCGUUGAGGGGAGCACGGAUGCCAAGGAUGGCCUGUGUCUGAGUGAGGCAGACAAGACAGACGCCAGGAUUAGAGCUUACAAAAAAGUUGUAGAAUUGAGACACCUUCUGGAAAUUGCUGAGAGCAACUACAAACACUUGGGUGGCAUAACAGAAGAGGAUGUAAAGCAGAAGAAAAAACAGCUUGAGUCUGAAAAAACCAUCAAAGAGCUGCAGGGACAGCUGGGCUAUGAACGACUGCGUAGAGAAAAGUUAGAGUGUCAAUUGGACGAAUACCGAGCAGAGGUAGAUCAGCUCAGGGAGACCCUGGAGAACAUGCAAGUUCCCAACUUCGUGGCUACGGAAGACAACACAUGUGAGUCUAGCAAAGAGAAGAAGAGAGUGAAAAAAAAAGUGGCUACUGGGGGAGUGUUUGUGAGAAGGUACUGAUCAGUGAAAUGACCUUAA